GAAGCGGCGCCUCCCUCUGCCGGAGUUUAGCGUGAAGUUUAAUCGAAGUUCAGACCAAAGUUCAAACUGGUUGAUGUUAUUCUGAAGCGUCUCCUAGUUGUGAAGUUUAUGGACGUGAAACCAUGAAGAGGAGAGUCGUGAAACAAAGUAAUCCGUCCUUUGAUGGCAGAGAGACCCGGAGGACUGCGAAGAAACAGGGGGCACCGUCCCGCCCCUGGGUCAGGUGGGCUCUGCUGGCUGCUGCUGUGUGUGUUCUGGUGCCGGUCGCUGUGUUCUGGUUACCAGAUUUAAUCCAGCAUUAUAUUUUUGUUUACAGAGUCAGGGUGCCCUUCUUCAUGGACCUGAGCCGACCUGAAGAUUUCUCCCAGAACCACACGAUCAACCUGUACCUGACACCUGAGGAGGGCAUCUCCCUGGGAGUCUGGCACACUGUUCCUGAGCAUCGGUGGAAGGAGGCUCAGGGGAAGGACCUGUCCUGGUACCAGAACACCUUAAAUGAUGGAAGUCCAGUUUUUAUAUAUUUUCAUGGGAACACCAACACCAGAGCAGCUCCACACCGGGUGGGCGUGGCUAAACUGUUGAGUUCUCUUGGCUACCAUGUGCUGGUUCCAGACUACAGAGGUUUCGGGGACUCGACAGGGGAGCCCACCAUGAGCGGUCUGGUCUCAGACGCCGUGUACCUGUACAACUGGGUCAAAGCCCGCAGCGGGGACAGCCUGGUGGUGAUCUGGGGCCACUCCCUCGGCACCGGAGUGUCCACUAACACUGCAGCACACCUGGUGGACCAAGGUGUGGUGUUUGAUGGGGUCAUUUUGGAGGGAGCGUUCAACACGGACCGACAGCCGAUGCCGAUCAAUCCGUUCUUCUGGUAUUACUGGAAGUUUCCAGGCAUGGGCGUUCUGUUCCCGGUGCCGUGGGCAGAAAACAAGUUUGAGUUCUCCACCGAACAGCUUUUGAAGAAAAUGAAAAGCCCGAUCCUGUUCCUUCACUCUGAAGACGAUCACCUGGUUCCCAUCGAAGUGGCUCGACAGACCUACGAGGUGGCAGCGAAGGCUCAGAGUAAAGACAGAGUCCAGCUGGUGACGUUUGACGGCUCUAAGGGGUAUCUACACAACGGCUUGUAUCGAGACCCCAAGCUGCCGGACGUUUUACGGAACUUUGUGCAGUCCUUGUUGCAGCGGAGAAACCUGUAGGAGCUGCUGUGAAUCUCUCUGUACGUUCAUGGGUUUUUAAUUCGUCUAAGUUAAUUAAAAAAGGGUUUUUCAGAAAUAUCUGUAAAAUGUUGCAGAAGAGGGUGGGAAAGAGUUUUUUUAAUUGGUUUUGGUUUUAGAGCUGUUUAUUUUUAAUCCAUAAAACUUURAAUCUUUAUCUCCAGUAGAUCCGGAGUGCUCCCAGCAUCACCAGCAAACAGAGUUUCAUUUAGAAAUCCUUACAUUUCUCUGCUCUGCAGUUUGACCACACACAUCUGCUUCUGAUCAACAUUUUAGGCACAAACUGUUGGGCGUCAUGAAGUGACUCAAUCAUUCAAAUACCAGAUCAGAUAUGAAAACUGAUGCAACUUUCUUCAUUAAACCCUGUUUAAGACUCUGUAGAACCUCUAGAAAUGAGCUUCACAAUGUGUUUAGGGGUCUGCAGGUGGUGCAUUAAUUAAUGCAUUAAUCAACAAGUGUUGUUUAGUCACCAGGUUAAAAAAAACACCUGGUUUGUGAAAAUGUAAUUAUUAAUAAAACAAUAAUAAUGA